AUGUCGUCGCCUGCCGAGUUCGCGAGCGGCUCAAGGCCGUGCAAAAAACAAGACCGUGACCCGUCUCAAUUCCCGGCCUUCCUCAGGGGGAAACGCAUCCUUCUUUGCACCGAAUCUUUCGGCCCUGUCAACGGCGUGAGUCGCACGACCCUGAUGCUGGUGAACCAUUUGCGCAACCACGGCGUCCAAGUGGCCGUCGUUGCGCCUCAUAACCACACAAACCACAACACGUUCUCGCCGCCUCCUUCGCCUAACCUGUCGCCCGCCGACAAACAGCCCGAACUUCGUCUAAAGGGAUAUCCUCUUCCAUUCAACCCCGAGCUUUCAAUUGUGUACCCGGUUCGCAACUCGACCCUCUACUCCCGCACUUUUGGUCACGGCUCGCCGCCAGACCUGGUCUACCUGGCCUCGCCUGCGAGCUUGGGGUUCCAAGUCAUGCUUCAGUUGCGCCAGCAGCCAUUCGAGAAGCAGAUUCCUGUCAUCUGCAAUUUCCAGACCGAUCUCGCAGGAUACUGCGCCAUUCUUUUCCCCUGGCCCUUGAGCCGCGUUGCUGUUUUCGCAUUCGACGCCGUUCAAAGCCAUCUCUUUCGACACCCCUCCAUCAGGACCAUAUUCUACCCUUCGAGCUUUGUGCGACGCUACCUCGUCGGCAACAAAGUGCAGCCCGACAAGCUCCAGCUUCUGACCAGAGGUGUGAAUACCGACAUGUUCGACCCGAAGCGGCGGAGCCACGAGUUGCGCAACGAGCUCGCGCCCAACGGAGAAACCAUCUUCGUCACCGUCUCAAGAAUCGCCGGCGAGAAGGGCUUCGACUUCCUCGCCAAGGCAGCCAAGGAACUCGAGGCGCGGGGAGUCAACUUCAAGCUUUACGUUGUCGGUGGCAACAGGAACCCUGAUGUGGAAAAAGAGGUGCAGGAACUGUUCCACCCACUACUCGGAGAACAAGGCAAAGUCGUCUUCGCAGGAUUCAAAGUCGGCCAAGACCUUGCCACCGCCUAUGCUAGCGGCGACGUCUUCCUACACUGUUCCGUCACAGAAACCUUUGGUCUUGUGGUGCUCGAGUCCAUGGCCAGCGGCGUGCCCGUAAUUGCCCGCGAUGAGGGCGGUCCGUCUGACAUCGUCCGGCACGGCGACACCGGUUUCCUGGUACAGCCGAAUGAUGUGGACGCCUUUGUGACAAAGGCCGUCAAGCUCGCAAACGACCGCACUCUGCGGCAGCGCAUGGGUGCAGCAGCCAGAGAAGCCGCCUGCCAAGCGACGUGGGACAAGAUCAACAACAAAGUCGCCUGGCGCAUGGCAGAUGCUAUUUCGGAGCGCGAGCAAGAGAGCCGGUCCUCACAACCCGCCGCCCCGGCGUCCACCGCGCAGCACCUCGUCCCCAUUUACGGCUGGCUAAUGAUGAAUGACGCAUUGCGCGAAGUCGUGACACGCGGCAUCAUCGACGCCAGGCUCAUGGGUGGUCUCGGCAUCAUCAUCACCUGCUGGGCAGUCACCGGCUGCUAUGUGCUCUUCACAGAGUGUCUCAUGUGGGCCAAGGGUCGCAUGAGGGCCGGAGACCGCAGAGUCUCCGUUACAGCCUGA